AUGGAUCGAGGCAGGCGUCCCCUAAUCUAUCUAUAUAUCUAUCUAUCUAUCUUGCUUUCUCGGCCCAUCUACUAUCUCUUUCUAUCUAUCUCGUUUUUUUUAUCUAUUAUAAAUUAUCUGCCUAAAUAUCUAAUUCUGCUGAUCUCUCUAUCUAAUCUGGCCUACCUCUAUCUAGUUCAAUCUAAUGAAUCUAUCUAUCUAUCUAUCUAUCUAUCUAUCGUUUUUUUAUUAUCUAAUUCUGUUCAUCUAUCUAUCUAUCUAUCCUCCAAAACCAAGUAUCUAUCUACGUUCCAUCAUCUGUUCGAUCUAUCUAUCUAUCUAUCUAUCUCGUUCUUUUAUUAUCUAAUUCGUUUUUUUGUCUAUGUAUCUAUCUAUUCGUUCAUCUAUUCGAUUUAUUCGACGAUAAUUUUGGAAAUCUAUCUAUUUUAUCAUGCUAAUUCUGUUCAGAUUAAAACGUUGAAGGCUCGUUCUUUUUAUUAUCUAAUUCUGUUGAAUCUAUCUAACAUCUCUAAAGCCUUUGAGCGUAUCUAUCUAUCAUCUAUAUCUUCUCCACAAAAUUCAAACAUCGUUUCUUCUAUCUAUCAUCUAUCUCUCCCUUUUUAUUAUCUAAUUCUAUCUAUCUAUCUAUCUCUCUAUCUAUCCUUCCAUCUAAUUCUGUUCAUAUCUAUCUAUCUAUCUAUCUAUCUAUCUAUCUAUCUAUCCCCAAUCUAUCUAUCUAAGUAUCUAUCUAUCAUCGCGUUCUUUUUAUUAUCUAAUUCUGUUCACGUUCUUCUAUCUAUCUAUCUAUCUAUCUAUCUAUCUAUCUAUCUAUCUCCUUCUUUUUUAAAAUUCUAUAUCAUUCUAUUCAUCUAUCUAUCUAUCUAUCUAUCUAUCUAUCUAUCUCGAAAAUCGAUUCUCUAUGUCGGGCGCGAUCAAUUUUUCUUUCUAAUUCUAUCUAUCUUAUCUAUCUAUCUAUAUCUAUCUCGUCUAUCUAAUUCGACCAUUUUUAAAAUAAUACUGUUCCAUUAUGGUCUAUCUAUGCCCCUUUUUAUCAUCUAUUUGUUCAUCUAUCUAUCUAUCUAUCUAUCCUUCUCGUUAAAUCUAAUUCUGCAAAUCUAUCUAUCUAUCUAUCUAUCUAUCUAUCUAUCUAUCUCGAUCUUUUUAUUAUCUCUGCUUAUCUAUCUAUCUAUCUAUCUAUCCCACCAACAUCUAAUCAAUUUCUAUCUAUCUAUCAAUCUAAAUCUAUCUCGUUCUUUUUAUUAUCUAAUUCUGUUCAUCUAUCUAUCUAUCUAUCUAUCUAUCUUAUCUAUCUAUCUAUCUAUCUAUCUAUCUAUCUAUCUAUCUAUCUAUCUAUCUCGUUCUUUUUAUUAUCUAAUUCUGUUCAUAUCUAUCUAUCUAUCUAUCUAUCUAUCUAUCUAUCUAUCUAUCUCGUUCUUUUUAUUAUCUAAUUCUGUUCAUAUCUAUCUAUCUAUCUAUCUAUCUAUCUAUCCUUUCUCGUUUUUUAUUAUCUAUCUAUCUGUUCAUAUCUAUCUAUCUAUCUAUCUAUCUAUCUAUCUAUCUAUCUAUCUCGUUCUUUUAUUAUCUAAUUCUAUCUAUCUAUCUGUUAUCAUCUAUCUAUCUAUUCUUUCUAAUUCAUUCUAUCUAUCUAUCUAUCUAUCUAUCUAUCUAUCUAUCUAUCUUCUUUUUAUCUAA